UCAGUCUACAUUCAGUGAACGUGUGUCACCAUCAUCGACUGAAGCGAAUAUAUAACGAGAAGAUUUAUGAAGAUUCAGCUCGCCAGGCUCCAUUCAGGAGUGGAUUAUGUGUUAAAUCCUGACCCGGUCUUCUGAAGAUGCACGACUGUGGAUCUCAUGGUCGGGACUUUCGAGGAAACAAACGGGCUUCGAGGCAGUGUGGGGACAGCUGAAGUCUUCCUAUGAGGUCCUUUUGACAUCUUUUUGGCCCCUCGGCUCCUCCCAGUGGCACCAGCAGCAGAAAUAAGGGAUGUCACAAGUAUUCCUUCUUCUGAGCCUGCUCAGUUUCUCAUCUCGCAUCCAGGUGUCAUCUGCUGAAUCCUUCAAAAACGUGAUGGCAAAAUGGAUGAUGUACCGAGAUGAAUGUUUUCGAAAUAUAAGCAGAGAUAUUCCACUGACAGGUGUUGUGUGCAACAGCACGUUUGAUAAGUUCGCAUGCUGGCCCGAUGGGCUGCCCAAUACCACAGUGGGUGUGGCCUGCCCUUGGUACCUGCCCUGGCAUAGUGAGGUCCGACAUGGGCUGGUGUAUCUGGAGUGUGAUGCAGAAGGACAGUGGAGUAAACAGAGAAAUGCCAGUGAAUGUGUGUCACGUGACCCCAGCCAAAUCAACAUGCAACACUACGGACGGAUUCUCAGUCAAUUUCGGACUAUGUACACCGUUGGAUAUUCUCUGUCUCUCGGGGCUUUGGUGCUGGCGUUGGGUAUCCUGGUGGCCUUUAGGAAACUGCACUGUAUGAGAAACAACAUCCACAUGAACCUCUUUGCCUCCUUCAUCCUGCGAGCCUCUUCUAUUCUCAUCAAGGAUGCCAUGUUGGAAAGACCUGACACCUUCCAUGUCGCUCAGGACAUCACCACUGAGCUGGAGGUGGAGUGGCUGGUUGAAAACGAGACGGCCGUUGGCUGCAGGGUCGCCAUGGUGAUGAUGCAAUACAGCAUCCUGGCUAACAGCUAUUGGCUGCUGGUAGAGGGAAUCUAUCUGCACAGCCUUCUGGUGGUCACGGUCUUAACAGAGAGGAAUUACUUCGGCAUCUACCUGUGUAUUGGCUGGGGUGCCCCCUUGAUAUUCGUGUUGCCGUGGGUUAUCGUCAAGUACUUGUACGAGAAUGAAGAAUGCUGGGUGCAGAACAUACACAUGGAAUAUUGGUGGAUCAUUCGUUCUCCAAUCCUGCUGGCCGUCCUGAUUAACUUCUUCAUCUUCAUACACAUCAUAAAGAUCCUUGUGUCCAAGCUGAGGGCGCACCAAAUGAGAUAUUCUGACUACAAGUUCCGGCUUGCUAAAUCCACCCUCACCCUGAUUCCGUUACUGGGGAUCCAUUCGGUCCUGUUUUCCUUUGUUACUGAUGAGUCUACCUCACACGGUGCUCUACCCCUACGCCUCACCAAACUCUUCAUUGACCUCUUCUUUAAUUCCUUCCAGGGGCUGCUGGUAGCCAUCUUAUACUGCUUUGUCAACAAAGAGGUUCAGUCUGAGAUUCUGAAGAAGUGGCGACGUUGGAAGCUUGGGAGGGACAUCGAGGAAGAGUACCGUCAUACCUACAGCCAGACCCUUCAGAUGAAGAGUGGCAGCAUCAUGGUCCAUCCUAACACAACCUCUCGCCUCUGCAGUCCAGAAGAGAAGCAGGCACUGGUGUCCAACAGUCAGAAUGGUGUAAGCGGUAAACAGGGAUGCCUGCCGUUCACCUCCCCGCCACAAGACGGCUCCACCUGCAGUUCAAUAACAGAGGACACCGCAGUAACGGACAGAUUAGGGUGUUUGAGCGUCGCGCUGGGCAAAGCUGAGAGCAACCUGUGAGCUGAAGAAGCGUUUUAGGGAAGACCCUUAUGUGUCGGUCCUAGAUGGAGAGAGAGGUGUGCGAAUGUGUGUGUUUGUGUGUUAUCCGUGUGAGAAUGUGACAGCACCUUUAUUGCCCUCUCUGAAGCUCAAUAGGCAACUCGAGAUGGACAGCUGUUCAUCGCAUCAAAUGGUGCUCAGUCGUCCCGGUGACCUUAAAGGUUUGCACAAAUGUUGAGAAACAGAUGAACGGAGUCUUACCUCUAGUCUUGUAAAGCUGUCUGUGAUAUUGAUAUAUGUGUGAUAAAUACACAGAAAAGCAUGCAGUGUCCAAAGGAACCAUCAAAACCCAACACCUACAACCAUCGUCUCUACACGGAUGGAAUAUCAAAGAAGAGAUCUAAGGAGUGAAUAGAAAAUUAUACAGUACAUCCUCUGCUUAAAAGGGCAGUUAUGGAAUUGGUUUUUACUUACUUGGUUCUGGUCUAGAUGAUGGACCAGCAUAGCCAUGUACUGGUCAAGGAUAUUCUUUAACUUUUUGAGAGAUGGUCAAAAACUAUUUGCUGGUUAGGCUAGUUACUGAAUGACUCCAGCACAAUCGCAUCCAAUGUUGGGGACUAUCUCAAAAAACAUAUACUGUUGACCAGCAAUGCUAGUCUUUUUAACAGGGUCAUGGACUUCAUGUUAUUGUCAUUGGAAAAACAAUGGAUGGUUUUUGGGUAACAAGUAAAGCUGUUUUGAUGUUAAGUUACAAAUUUAUAGACUUUUUUGCCAAGGCCAGAAGGUAAGAAAUGAUCAAACAGUAUUGACCGUGUGCCUUUUCUAUUGGUGAUUAUACAAAACAAUGUAAGUCAAGUGCAAAACCCAAUGGUCACAUAUAGACUUCAGAUAGAUGUAAAUUUGAAUAUCAAGUAUGUUACAUUAAUGUUCCACUAUUUAUCAAGAUGAUCUUUUCUCUUCAAAGAAAACAUGUUCAACGCAAAAUACAUUCACAUGUAAAAGGUUUUCGAUGAGUUGAUCCAUUAGAUCCCACAAGCUGUUGCUCAAAUGUAUGUUCCUGUUAAUGUGCUCAGCAGUCAGUAUUACUUAGUCCCAGUAAACAUUUAAAUAUCUUUGGCAUACAACUUUGAAAGACGUCUGGGAAGUGUGGGCGGAUCUGUGAGAAACGGGGCCGCAUAGGAAUGAGAAAAUGUUGAACAAAUUACAUCUACGGACAUCGAUCAAAAUGCUUCCUCGCUCAGAGGAUGUCUUCAUGCUGAGAUCAGGAUAUAUUUGCUUUGUGAAUACAAGCCGGCAACAUUGAAAUGAGUUUCUGGCGGUUUAAAGGUGAAGUGUUUCAUUUCUGCAUCAACAGAGGAACCAAAUUGCCCCAAAUUGUCUCGACAUAAAGCGUUGACUCAACCAUUGAAUUCCGGAUUCAAGAUUUGCAGGUAGAGGUUGUACCUACACCAUUUUGUGACCAUCUCUUUGUCAAGAGAUCAUUUUCCACAGCUCCAAAUCGUUUUGCAAGGCCGUAGACAAAGACUGAGAAGCCCCAUUGACAUGUUACAGAGAAAUGGAAGAUGGAGGAUUAUUUUAUACUAAUGGCGCAGACAUUACACACUUCACUUUUAAAGUCAAUGAGCAGCUGAUGCCCCAUAUUGUGGCAUUUGUGUGCAUAACAAUGCACAUUUAUAAUAUUUUCUUUGGAUCGUCGAACGCUUGAUGAUCACGAUGAUGAUUAUGGCAGAUAACUGUGUGAGGCAAUUUGCACAAUUGUUAAUUUAUAAUUGUUGAAUAUGUAGAUAUCGCUUUAUGCCUGUUGAGAUUUGUAAUGACUUUGUUUUGUGGUGUCUGUUAUUUGUGCACAUGGUGUGUAUUUUGUGCUUUUGUGCGCUUUAUGACGCUGUGAGGACUGCUUUAGCGCUCGUUCCGCUCGGAAGACAAAUUACGGACGUUAUAGAUUUCGAGUGCUGAGAGAAAUCAGCACUGCUUCUGUGUUAAAGGUGAGGUGGAUGUGGUUACUUUGUAAGUGCAAGCGCUGGACUCUAAUAUAGAGCACAGUGCAAAGCAUUGUGUUCAAAAAUGGGGAAACUCGUGUCACCACAUGGGAUCAAAGAUUAAGAGCUCCUGUGUUUGUCUGCAAACACAACAACCUCUUUUUCCAACACAAAUCUGAGAAGAACCCCAUCAUUUAGCAUGACAGUAAAUAGAAGUGAAUAAAUCAUGCAAAUAU